AUGAGCGAGGCCGACAUUGCGAACAAGGCCGCCGAGGCUGUCGAGGCUGUCGAGCAGCCUGCUGCUGCUGCUCCCGAAGCCGCUCCCGAAGCUGCUCCUGAAGCUACCACUGAAGCCGCCGAGACGACUGCCGCUGCUACCAACGGUCAAGACGAUAAGAAGAUCAUCAAGACCACGGCCAAGAUUGACCACGACAACCGCCAGAAGAACAACAAGUUCGACCCCAGCACCCGCGAGGUAUCGGACGACCCCGUCGCCAUCCGCAAGCAGGUCGAGUUCUACUUUGGCGACUGGAACUUCCCUCAGGACAAAUUCAUGUGGGAGAGCUGCGGAGGCGCCGAGAACAAGCCCAUCGCCGUCGAGAAGAUUCACUCCUUCAAGCGCAUGCGCACCUUCCAGCCUUACAGCGCCGUUGUCGCUGCACUGCGCGACAGCGAGUUCCUCGACGUCGAGGGCGACGAGGGCAAGGAGACGCUCAAGCGCAAGGUUCCCUAUCAACCCAUGGCCAACGCGCGCGCUAAGAACGAAGCCGCAACCAUUUACGUCAAGGGCUUUGGCGACGAGACGCCCGAAACGCAGUUCGACCUGGAGAGCUUCUUUGCGCAGUAUGGCGAUGUCAAGGGCUUGAAGCUGCGCCGCACCCCCGAAGGCCUGUUCAAGGGCUCCGUCUUUGUCACCUUUGUCAACGAGGAGGCCGCCAAGGACUUUGUUGGCAAGGAGCCCGCCCCCAAGUGGAAGGAACACGACCUGAAGAUCAUGACAAAGCAGGCAUACUGCGAAGAGAAGAGCGAUCUCAUCCGUUCUGGCAAGCUGGAGCCCAGUAGCACGACCAGCAAGAAGUUUUUCGAGGGGCAAGAAGGCGGUGGUCGCCGCAACGGUGGCGGCCCGCGCGACCAGGACGACUGGAAAAAGCGCAGGGAGCACGACCAGAAGAACGGUUUCCGUGGUGGACGCGGCGGCCGUGGUGGCCGUGGUGGUCGCGGCGGUCGCGGCCGUGGUGGUGGCUUCCGCGGUGGUCGUCGCGAUAACGAAGAUCGCGGCAACAAGCGUUCGCGCGAGGACGACAACGGUGGCGAGGAGCGCUCCGCCAAGAAGGUCGAUACCAAGGACGAGGCGUAA